AUGCCGGACAGGUUUACCCACCCACCGUUCAACUUCUAUGACAGGAAGACUGAUCCGAUAGAACACGUCAGUCACUAUAUCCAGAUGAUGUCUUUGCAUACUCAUAACGAUGCGCUGAUGUGCAAGGUAUUUCCUUUGAGUCUAGGACCAACUGCUUUGAGGUGGUUUAACGAGUUACGAAAAGGAUCCAUACGUAGUUUCUCCUUGCUAAUUCAGGAGCUCAGCGUUCAGUUUGUGACAUGCAACCGAGUACCUCAGUUGGUAAACGCGCUUCUUUCAAUGAAAAUAAGGGCGGGAGAGACCCUCCGUAGUUACGCCAGCCGGUAUUGGGAGCUAUACAAUGAGAUAGAUGGAGAUAACGAAAGGGUAGCAGCAAGCACUUUUAGGAUGGGGUUGCUCGAGGAUUCCAGGCUACGAGAGUCGUUGACCAAGAAGCCUCCCGAAGGCAUGCGGCAGCUUAUGAGACGCAUCGAGGAAUAUAAACGAUUAGAGGAUGACCGGCUGCAAAGCAAAGGUAAAGCACCAAUGAUGAAUCGUCCCCGACAAACUGAUUUCCCUUUCAGGCCUCGGGGGGGUUUAACGAUUCAAGAGCCAGCCGCACAGAUGGGAGAAGUGAAUGUAACGUUGAAGGAACUGGUACAUAGGAUUCUUGACCGGAUCAAACACGAGUCGUAUUUUCGAUGGCCGAAAAGAUGGAAGGAGACCCAUCCAGGAGGAAUCAAAAUCUGUACUGCACUUAUCACUGGGACAAGGGUCAUACUACCGAACAGUGUUGGGUGUUAA